AUAGCACGACUGAAGCUCAUUUUAGUUCAAUGCUGGAGCUGUCAAGUACAGCAGAGGUUGGAGGAGAUAGGGUUUGCGAAUUGCACGCAAAAAAACUGCAUGAACUAGCUGCUGGCAUGUUUUUGAUAAGAAUUGUAGUGUGGCGAACUCCUUGCAGAGUGUUUGGUUCUAAACCCGGUGUGAGAAUGACCCUGCAGAAUGGGCUGGUGUUACCUGCUGCCAAAAACUGUUCCCAUGCAGUCGCAGUAGCUAGCACAGCAGACUACAACAACAGGAACACCCUGAGAUGGGACCUGACCCCAGACCAGAUCAAGAACAUGACAGAGAGCCUGGUCCAGAGGAUCAAACAGGUCUACGAUGACAUCGGAUCUCUGGAUGUAGAACAAGUGUCCAUUAAAAACACCUUAAAAGCCCUGGCCAAUGCCAAAUUAGAAUAUGCAGCACAGCGCCAUGUUUUGGAUUUUCCCCAAUACGUGUCUGCUUGUAAGGAGGUGCGCUCAGCGAGCACAGAAGCAGACAAGAAGCUGUCUGACUUUGAUGUGGAGACAAGUAUGAGGGAAGAUGUGUUUCACAGAGUGAUUGCCUUGCAGGAGAAGCAACUGGACAAUCUAACGCCUGAGGCCAAGAGAUUCUUAGACCGUCUUAUCACAUUAGGGAAGAGGAAUGGAUUGCACUUGUCAAAGGAUAUACAGGAGGAAGUCAAAAGAUUGUCAAAACUCAUCAAUGAACUCUCAAUCGACUUCAACCAAAAUCUAAAUGAGGAAAACACGUAUCUAAUAUUCAGUGAAAAUGAACUAAGUGGCCUAGCGGAUAGCUAUCUGAAUGGUCUGGAGAAGACUGAGGACAGGCGGUACAAGGUAUCCUUGGCAUACCCUCACUACUACCCUCUGAUGAAGAGGUGCCACAUGGCUGAGACCAGGAGGAAGAUGGAGACUGCUUUCCAUAGCAGAUGUAAGGAGGUAAACACAGUCAUUCUGGAGAAGCUGAUUGAGCUGAGGUCAAAGGUGGCACAGCUACUGGGUUUCAGUACCCACGCCAACUGUGUGCUUGAGAUGAACAUGGCCAAGAAUACCAACAAUGUGGCAUGCUUUCUAGAUGAGUUCUAUGCUAAACUGAAGCCGGUGGGAAUCAAGGAAAGGAAGUAUAUCCUGGCCCUGAAGAAGAGGGACUGUGCCAUGCGGGGAAAGGCCUUCGAUGGACAGAUCAACGCCUGGGACCUGCCCUACUACAUGAACCAGGUGGAGCAGGUGAAGUUUGCUGUAGACAAGGACAAGCUGAUUGAGUACUUCUCUCUGGAGGUGGUGACAGAGGGGUUGCUCAGUAUCUACCAGGAACUGCUUGGCCUUAACUUUAAGCAGGUAACCAGCGCCCACGUGUGGCACGACAACGUCAGCCUCUACUCUGUACUGGACACGGCCACUGGGGAGGAGAUCGGCCGGUUCUACUUGGACCUGCAUCCCAGAGAAGGGAAGUACGGUCAUGCUGCCUGCUUUGGGCUCCAACCGGGCUGCCUGGGGCCUGAUGGGAAACGUAUGCUGCCGGUUGCGGCCAUGGUGGCCAACUUCACCAAGCCUACGAAAGGUUGGCCCUCUCUGCUGCAGCACCACGAGGUGGAGACCUUCUUCCAUGAGUUUGGCCACGUCAUGCACGAGCUCUGCUCUAGGACGACGUUCUCAGAGUUCAGUGGGACCCUGGUGGAGACAGACUUUGUGGAGGUGCCAUCUCAGAUGCUGGAGAACUGGGUAUGGGAGAAGGAGCCCCUGAGGAGGAUGUCUCGCCACUACAAAGACGGCAGCCCCAUCCCCGACAACCUGCUCAACAAACUCAUCGCCUCCAGAGUCGCCAACACAGGUCUGAUGAACCUGCGUCAGGUAGUGCUCAGUAAAGUGGACCAGUCUCUGCACACCAAGUCCCAUGCCGACACUGCCGAGGUGUUCGCCAAGCACUGCCAAGACAUCCUGGGGAUCCCCGCUACUCCAGGUACAAAUAUGACAGCUAGUUUUAGUCACUUGGCUGGGGGCUACGAUGGCCAGUACUAUGGCUACCUGUGGAGCGAGGUCUAUUCCAUGGACCUCUUCUUCAGUCGUUUCAAAAAGGAAGGAAUCAUGAACCCCAAGGUGGGGAAGGAGUACAGGAGGGUGAUUCUGGAGGCUGGUGGUUCUGUGGAUGGAAGGGACAUGCUGAAGACCUUCCUGGGUCGUGAACCUUGCCAGGAUGCCUUCUUUCAAUGCAAGGGAUUGGCCAAAGCUGAGGGAACACUGAAUGGUCAUCACUGACUCCCUCUCACUCCACAUUAAAGGGAUAUUUGGGGAUUUGGGCAAAGAGGCUCUAUCUACUUCCUCAAAGUCAGAUGAACUUGUGGAUACCAUUUUUAUGUCCCAGUAUGAAGGAAGUUGGAGGUAGUUUUGCGAGCCAAUGCUAACGAGCGUUAGUACAAUAACUGGAAGUCUAUGGGUAUUUGCUAGCAUGUGAGAUCUGUGGCCUCCCGGGUGGCGCAGUGGUUAAGGGCGCUGUACCGCAGCGCUAGCUGUGCCACCAGAGACUUUGGCUUCGCGCACGCUGUGUUAAGAAGCAGUGCGGCUUGGUUGGGUUGUGUAUCGGAGGACGCAUGACUUUCAACCUUCGUCUCUCCCGAGCCCGUUUGGGAGUUGUAGCGAUGAGACAAGAUAGUAGCUACUAACAAUUGGAUACCAUGAAAUUGGGGAGAAAAAGGGGUAAAAAAAAAAGAGAUUACAUCUGUUGUUCAUGCUAGCAGAUACCCAUAGACUUCCAGUCAUUGUGCUAAAGCUAGUUAGCAGUGGCUUGCGAAACUACUUCAAACUGACAAUAUGAUGACAAUAUUUUUUGCUUUUUGUACAGUUUAUGCCUUCACUUGACUUUUUCCAAAUGUUGUUGUGCCUGAAUUUAAAAUGGAUUCAAUUUUGAUUUUAUGGCACUGGCCUACACACAAUACCCCAUAAUGUCAAAGUGGAAUUCAGUUUUUCUAUUAAUUAAAAAUUAUGAAAUGUCUUGAUUCAAUAAGUAUUCAACCUCAAGAGUAAAAAUGUGCUUAAUAAGUAACAAAAUAAGUUGCAUGACUACCUCAUCUCUGUACCCCACACAUACAAUUACCUUUAAGGUCCCUCAGUCGAGCAGUGCAUUUCAAACACAGAUUCAACCACAAAGACCAGGGAGGUUUUCCAAUGCCUCAAAAAGAAGGGCACCUAUUGGUAAAGGGGUAAAAAUAAAAGCAGACAUUGAAUAUCCCUUUGAGCAUGGUGAAGUUAUUAAUUACACUUUGGAUGGUGUAACUUUUUUUCCUGAAUACAAAGUGUUAUGUUUUGGGGAAAUCCAAUACAACAUGUUACUGAGUACCACUGUCCAUAUUUUCAAGCAUAGUGGUGGCUGAAUGUUAUGAGUAUGCUUAUAAUCGUUAAUGACUGGGGAGUUUUUCAGGAUAAAAAAUAAACAGAAUGGAGCCAA